UCCCGCGGCUUCAAGCGCGCGGCGUCAACCGGGGACGUUGUUUUACUUUUUAACGGCACCUGACGUGUUUCUGUUUUGUUUCAGCUUAGUUUUUAUUUAGCUUGACCCACGUCGUCAGUUGUUUGUUUAUUGUUUAAGUUCUGCGCGACCGUUGACAGAAGGAGGCGCUGUCAGCUGACACCACCACCAACAACAACAACAACAACAACAACUUGUUUCACAUUUUUAAAAGGGGAAAAAAAAAAUUUCUUCAAGGGGAAAAGCCUUUUUUUCUUAAGUGGCCUUAUUUAGUCCGUUAACUGCGUCCACCGGGCCUCCCCCCCCCCUCUCGCCCCCUCCCCCCCCUGUCCUCCCCUCUCGCGUCGUCAUGGAGACACACAGCCGUCACUCAGCAACGCAGGAGUAUCCACAUCCGUUCAUCCACGAGGUGAAGAUGACCAGCGCGCAGAGGAUCAGGGGCGUCGUCGUGGGCAGCGUCCUGGUCCCCGUCCGCGUCGCCAUGGCGGCCCUCUGCUUCCUCCUCAUGUGGCCCGUGGCCCGGCUCAGGCUGGCCGGCCUGUCCCAGGAGGAGCGCUCCCGGCCCGUCCGCGGGUGGAGGCGCUGGCUCCUCCACCCGCUCAUGCUGGCGCUGAGCCGCCUGGCCUUCUUCUUCCUGGGCUUCCUGUGGGUGAGGGUCAAAGGUCGCCGGGCCGAGCUGAAGGAGGCGCCGGUGCUGGUGGUGGCGCCCCACAGCAGCUUCAUGGACAUGGUGUCCCUGAUGCCCACCCGGCUGGCGACGGUGGUGUCGCGGUCGGAGAACACCAGCCUGCCCGUCGUGGGAGCGCUGCUGGAGUUCAACCAAGCCGUGCUGGUGAGCCGGAAGGACCCGGAGUCCAGGAGGAGGGCCGUGGCUCAAGUCACCGAGAGGCUGACCUCCAACGGCUACUGGCCUCAGAUGCUGAUGUUUCCAGAGGGGACCACGACCAACGGCAGCGUGCUCAUCAAGUUCAAACCCGGUGCCUUCCUCGCCGGCCUCCCGGUCCAACCGGUCCUGUUGCACUACCCCAACAAGCUGGACACCGUUCGCUGGACCUACAAAGGGACCAGCUGGAUGGAGGCGCUGUGGCACACGACCUCUCAGUUCUACACCAACGUGACCGUUGAGUUCCUCCCGGUCUACAGCCCGUCGCCGGAGGAGAAGAAGGACCCCGGCCUGUACGCCGACAACGUUCAGCGACUCAUGGCCAAGGCCCUGGGACUCCCGGCCACCGACUACGUGAUGGAGGGCCGGGUGCCCGUCAAAAAGCUGGGGGGCCUCUCCCUCCCGCUGGAGUCUCCGGGCAGGAAGACACUCAAGCUGCUGCGCGCCAACGGUCUGGGAGCGCACGAGCUGGAGGCAGCGCUGGACAGGAUGAUUGACAGGUGUCAGUCGGGGGCUCAGAGGGGGUCAAAGGUCAGCUCGGAGGAGCUCUGCUCGAUCCUCGGGCUGACGGACAAACAGGCGGCCGCUGCGAUCCGCCACAUUUAUUCCAAGGACGAGGAGAUGGACGUGCGGCCGCUCUACCUGACGCUCGCCGCUCUGUCCGGACGCGUCGGCUUCCCGUCCGUCCUCCACGCCGCUUUCACCCUGUUUGACGCGGAGGGCCGAGGCAGCCUGGGCGCGUUGGAGCUGUCGGACCUGAUGGGGGCGCUGCUGGAUUUCCCCCAGCGGCACACGGACGAGCUGCACGCGCAGGCCUCCUCGGGGGGAGGACGGCUCACUGAAGAGAACCUGCUGCGCGUGCUGACGACCCACCCGACCUAUCGGAGGGUGGCGACCGAGUACAUGCAGGCCGAGGAGGCGGGCUCCCAGCCGGCCAAUCGGAAGGCUGUGAACAACAACAGCAACGCGUACGACGGAUCCCCCCAAGACCACAAAAAGGUCGAUUGAGGAAAGAACUGAAGUCAAGUUUGUUUAAUGCGCUGUGCGUCCGAGACGGAAGCAACGGGACACGAGUGUGUGUGUGUGUGUGUGUGUGUGUUCUAAAAACAUACAUUACUGUACCUUCGAACUUGGCAACAUUAGAGAAGCAGAUUUGGUUUGAAGCUAUGACCUCGUGGCUCUGGGGUGUAAAUGUGUUUGUCUUGUAUUUGAAGACCUUUUAUGAAUGUACUUUUUUUUAAGUGCCUCUGGUUUGUGCUUAAAAGACCUUUUACAGAAAAUGUCUUUUUUACGUAAAUCCAGCUUUUGUGUGUUGAAUUAUUUUUUUUAGAUGGGACAAUGGUACGUGCAAAAAGAAACGGUAUAUCAAAAUAUCAAAACCUUUAUUUUACAUAAAAUAAUUCAUACAUUGUAUGUUUUGUAUUGUUUACAUUCAACAAUAAAUUAAA